AUGGUGACCAUUGAAGCAUCUUUCAGUAUAAUACACAGUAAAUAUACACACAACUUCACCCCCCUGUGCACCUUCACCCCCCCGUUCACCAUCACCCCCCCGUUCACCUUCACCCCCCUGUUCACCAACACCCCCCUGUUCACCUUCACCCCCCCGUUCACCUUCACCCCAUUCACCUUCAGCCCCCCGUUCACCAUCACCCCCCGUUCACCUUCACCCCCCUGUGCACCUUCACCCCCCCGUUCACCAUCACCCCCCCGUUCACCAUCACCCCCCCGUUCACCAUCACCCCCUGUUCACCUUCACCCCCCUGUUCACAUCACCCCCCUGUUCACCAUCACCCCCCCGUUCACCAUCAACCCCCUGUUCACCAUCACCCCCCUGUUCACCAUCACCCCCCGUUCACCAUCACCCCCCCGUUCACCAUCACCCCCCCGUUCACCAUCACCCCCGUUCACCUUCACCCCCCUGUGCACCUUCACCCCCCCGUUCACCAUCACCUCCCCGUUCACCUUCACCCCCCCGUUCACCUUCACCCCCCCGUUCACCAACACCCCCCGUUCACCAUCACAACCCCCGUUCACCAUCACCCCCCGUUCACCAACACCCCCCUGUUCACCAUCACCCCCCUCGUGCUGCCCCACCCGCGCACUGUCCCACCCACUGCCCCCUACACGCUGCCCCUACACGCUGCCCCCCCACUGCCCCCUACACGCUGCCCCCUACAUGCUGCCCCACGCACGCUGCCCCACACACGCGCUGCCCCACACGCAUGCUGCCCCACACGCAUGCUGCCCCCUACACGCUGCCCCAUACACGCUGCCCCACACACGCUGCCCCACACGCGCGCGCUGCCCCACACGCGCGCUGCCCCACACGCAUGCUGCCCCCUACACGCUGCCCCCUACAUGCUGCCCCACACAUGCUGCCCCAUACACGCUGCCCCACACACGCUGCCCCACACAUGCUGCCCCACACGCGCGCUGCCCCACACGCACGCUGCCCCACACGCAUGCUGCCCCUACACGCUGCCCCCUACACGCUGCCCCACACACGCUGCCCCACACACGCUGCCCCACACACGCUGCCUCACACACACGCUGCCUCAUACACACUGCCCCAUACACACGCUGCCCCACACAUGCUGCCCCAUACACACGCUGCCCCAUACACGCUGCCUCACACACACGCUGCCCCACACACGCUGCCUCACACACACGCUGCCCCAUACACACUGCCCCAUACACACGCUGCCCCACACACGCUGCCCCACACACGCUGCCUCACACACACGCUGCCCCAUACACACUGCCCCAUACACACGCUGCCCCACACAUGCUGCCCCAUACACGCUGA